AUGUGCACCAGAAGUAUCGUCUCUCAAUAUCAUGCUAAACUGGACUUUGAUAUAAUUGCAAAAGUGAUAAAGCCAUUAGUUAAAGCUGAUCCAUCCAUGGAGAUGAAAUCUGUCAUUGCUGAAGUGCAAUCGAAGUUCAACUACACAAUAACAAUGGUUGCAAAAGAACCAUCAGUAGCUGUUGAGUACGAAACUGCAUAUGGCUACCGAGGGGACGAGUUAGUUGAAGAUCUCCAUAUUCUAACAAGAGUCUUUUGGGCUUUCUACUCGUGCAUUAAAGCAUUCAGAAGUUGCAAGCCAGUGAUCCAGGUUGACGACACAUAUUUAUAUGGAAAGUAUAAAGGAAUUUUUUUAGUUGCAAUAUCACAAGAUGGCAAUAGAAAUAUCGUGCCUCUUGCAUUUACCCUAGUCGAAGGUGAGACUCCCGAUGCCUAA